CAGAGUGCUUUCAGCAGAGCAGGAGGCUGCACAUUCCUCUGUAGGCGCGGUGGACUUUCCCGAGCGGCAGGUUGUUUUAGUGGGGUGAAAGGCGUUUAAAGGCUCGGCACCAGCAGCGUCCAUGACAGGAGCUGCUAGCUGUUAGCCGCAGGUGGAGCGGAAGUGGGGGAAACACGGUGGGAGAUAAUGGACAAGCAGCCUGUACCUGCUGCUGUACAGAGUCCAGGAAGCUCGGAGCUCUGAUUGGAGGUUGAUUUCAGAGGUUUGCUCCAUCCAUGGCGGGCUGCUGGUGGUGGUGCCGCCGCACCUGCGUGUGCUGCCUGUCCGAGGACGAGAAGACCUCGGUUGCUGUGGACAAGGAGAUCCAGAGGAUCCUCAAGCAGCAGAAGAAGAAGGAGAGGAGGGAAAUAAAGAUCCUGCUGCUGGGAACUGGGGAGAGUGGGAAAACUACCUUCAUCCGACAGUUGAGAAUCAUUCAUGGCCGGGGCUUCUCGGAGGAGGAGAGGAAGGCCUUCGCCAAAUGUAUCUUCCAGAACAUCUUCACUGCCAUCAAAGCCAUGACCGGAGCCAUGAGCAUGCUCGGAAUCCCCUACGCCAACCCAGAGAAUGAGUCACAUGCUAAACUACUGCAGGAUGUCAACACAGUGCACGUCACCCAGCUGGAGCAGAGACACGUCAACGCAAUCCGCCACCUGUGGGCGGACUCGGGGAUGCGGAUCUGUUACGCCCGUCGCUGCGAGUACCAGCUCCUGGACUCCACCGAGUAUUACAUGAAUAACUUGGACCGUAUCUCGGCCCAGCACUACAUCCCGACGGAACAGGACGUGCUGCGUGUUCGAUUCCCCACCACGGGCAUCCACGACUACUCCUUCACCGUCAAAAACAUCACGCUGAGAAUUGUGGAUGUCGGUGGUCAGAAAUCAGAGCGUCGUAAGUGGAUCCACUGCUUUGAAAACGUCACCUCCCUCAUCUUCUUGGCUUCCCUCAGCGAGUACGACCAGGUCCUGGAGGAGAGAGAUUCCAUAAACCGUAUGAUUGAGAGUCUGGCUCUGUUUUCCACCACCAUCCAUUCUGUCUGGUUCCAGUACACUUCCAUCAUCCUCUUCCUCAACAAGACUGACAUCCUGGCUGACAAGAUCCGAACCUCAGACCUGAACAAAUACUUCCCCGGUUUCUCAGGAAAGAAGCAAAAUGUCCAGGAAGCACAGCAGUACAUCCUAAAAAUGUACGAGCAGCGGGCCAUCAACCCUGAAAACAAGAACGAGUGGAAGACUCUGUACCCACACUUCACCUGUGCCACUGACACCAACAACAUACGCAAGGUCUUCACCGAUGUCAAGGACACUGUGUUGCUCAAGUCUCUAAGGGACUACGGAGUCAUCUGAACUGAAACUGAGCUGUGACGUCCAAGAGGAAACCCAAGGCUCUCGUCUCUAUCCGGACUAUUUCUGAGUGAAAGCUCUGAAGGAAAAUAAGCUUUCUGUUUCCACAUAAUUAUUAGAACAUUUCGAAAACUUGCCUGUCCUCCUCACUGGGUUUUAAUGAAGAAGCAGGAGAUAAAAGGUACAAUUUUCCGCUUAGACGGCUUUUUCUCCUGAAUUAAUAAAAGCCCUUUGGGAGGACUGAAUCACUAGAAUCACCCUCAUGUUUCUCAGUUUGCAGCUUUUUCUGCACUUUUUUUUUUUUUAAGAUAGAAACAAGUUGAAGAAGCAUCUCUACUUCUAACUGAGGCAGUGAGAGAGAUGUUAUGAAGCGCCGCAAGGGCAAUAACAGUGUAAUGACGUUUAGAAGUAAAGAUGGGGCCACACAUGGGUGCACCAGGGCAGUCAUACACAUAUUAAAAGUUUCAAGUCCAUCCAACAGUUACAGCCAGGUAGGAUCAAUGCUCACACUUAAACACAUGCUGGAGACGGAACAUUUCCAAGAAAAUCUGUAAAUGGCUGCAGCAGACUUUUGUUUUUCGUCUUGAUGAGGAGCGCAACUGCCUUGAACAUGCACAGAAACCAGCCAGCGUCAACACAAACAUCAGUGUUUCGAAGCUGAAUGGGCACGCACUGAAUGUUGACGGUAAAUGUGGGUUGUCAGCUUUCACGUUUGAUAAGGAGUAGAGAUGAAGAGUUUCCUGUCUCCUUUUAGUGCUUUUCUGCAGAGAAAACACUUUUAACACAUGUCCUAAGAAAGCAGAGUCGAUCUGUUGAAGGCACUUGCAGCAACUGGUGCUUUUAUCCUUAUAAGUCAUCUGUUUGUGUUAUCAAAGUUAUUUCUAGUCUUCAAGUUGAAAAAACAUCCAAGACUGGUUCAAGUGCCUUAAGGGGGCUUUUUUUGUGUUUUCUUUUGUUCGUGUGAUUAUGGGAUUCUGCUACUUUUCAUUCCAUCUUAACAUCCAAACCGUCUGUUUAGUCUGUUGUCGCUGUUUUCUGAUGUGUUUUGAAUCAAAUCUUGAUAUUUUAGGUAGUGUCCAGGAAGAUGCGAACUUUAAUUAUUACGAGUCAAAGUCUGGCUGAUUAGGACGUAAAGGAGCUGAUCAGAAUCAGAAGAAGGUUCAUGAGGUGACUGAAGGUUUAAACCAAAGACUGCGACUACCUAGACUUCGAACCGGAACCUGGAAAUUGAAGCGAGAAUGGGAACGGCUUCUCUGUAAGUUUUAAGUCCCACCUUCUCCCUGUAAAUGAACAGAACAUUGCA